AUACUUGAAAAUAUAAUAAGGAAAUACAUACUUCUGGCAGCUAGCCCACACCAAGUACUCGAUAUCUUGAAGGUUUCCAUUGCAUUAUUUGUAUUUUGAUCAAAACUAAGAAUUUUGAUUGGUACUUGCUUUUUACUGACACUUAAAACCUUAUAAAGUUUGUUGGUUAUUGACGUUCAGUUAGUUUACUAUUGAUAUUGAUAUGAACUACCGAAACGAUCUUAUUGAUACGAUUGGUAAACAUUCUUCAUCAACCUAUAAAAUCGGCUGCGUCGAUGAAGUAGGUUUGUAUCUAUUACGAAGUAAAAGAACAAAUUACUAACUUCGGUAAAAAAGCUUAAUUUGUUCAAAAGAAACCUAGGGAACCUUGAACCCUACUUUACUUUUAAAUAAAAGGUUUAUUCGAAUGAAUGGUCGAUACCGAUCACUGCAUAAAGUAUACCUACUGUAUUAUCAGUAACGGUCUGCAAGAACCGGCCUCAAGGAGACCAUCGAGCGUCAGGUGAAAGUCUCAGACGCACACUUCACUUGUAGCCACAAGCACGCUUGCCAUCAAACGAGUCGGCAGUCGAAACGCGAUUUCACCGAUAAUCAACUGAAACAAACAAACAAAAAGCGGGAGCAGUCUGAUGAUGCGCAAAGAGCAAUCGCGUCAUCGCAUCGGUGGCGGUAGGCGAGCUGGUGAUCGUGUCGCGCAACUGAUAGUGUGUUGCGGAGGCGCGGGUCCGCCGACGCGUGCGGCGCGCGCGCACAUCGGCUCAGUCGCAACCAUGUUCACGUGCAGCAUCGUCGUAACCCUGGUGCUCGUUGCACCGGCAAUGUGCGCUGUCGCCACAGCCGGCGUCGCUCCCACAAUUACUGCCAUGGAUAUCGCCCCACCACUGGUGGAUGUCAACAAUGCUCUGGAUACUGACAUGGGCUCGAACGAAACCUUCGCCGAACAAUAUUUUAUUAACAAAAUAUUUGACAAAUACGGCGACAGAGGAAUCAUCACAUUUGAGGGUUUCGAACAUUUACUGGAUAGUCUUGGUCUGGGAGGCCGCGUUUUUAAUUCACCACAUGACUUGGAGCAGCAUCGUGUCAACGGCACUUUUCGUCAGAUGCACGACGCUCAGCAUCGCCAUAAAAGAUCACCUAUCACAAGAGACAGUAUACUGAAAAAGUCAUGCCUCUCACCAAGAGAUAUAUUAGAGUUCUACGGCAUCGAAAACGAGCCAGGAGUUAUAACUAUAGAACCGAAAACGUUUUUGGAAAUGUGCCCUGCCCUAGUAUAUCAACUAGAUCAGAGAUCUUGCUUCAAAACAGAAGCACCUACGCAAAAACUAGAGAGAUACUGGACUUGGAUAUACGCAAGUCUAAGCAUCUUAGUCAUAAGUGCAACAGGACUGAUAGGAGUUGCGAUCGUGCCACUGCUUAAAUCCGUAAUAUUCGGGUAUGUGCUACAUUUCCUUAUUGCCGUGGCAGUUGGAACGCUAUGUGGUGAUGCAUUACUACAUCUCCUGCCUCAUGCUCUCAAAUCCCACGGAACUCCCUCUGAGCCCCAAGAAGAAACCGAAGUUGUACUAAAAUGUAGCGUUACGUUUCUCACCAUUUUACUAUUUUAUACAGUAGAAGCUAUAAUGCAAACUCUAAACGGUGGUCAUGCACACUCCCAUGAUCAUUCCCAAGGAAUGACUGUAGAAGAAAUGAAAACAGAAUCUAGUAAACAAAUAGAGCCUAUAGAAUUAGGCGCUAUGAUGCCUGGAGCGCCCCCACCACCGGUAGAACGUCCAAUGUCCUCGACGGCCCUCAUGGUAAUCGUGGGUGAUGGGCUGCAUAACCUCACGGAUGGUCUAGCAAUUGGUGCAGCUUUUAGCGGAGAUCCUGUAACUGGUUUCGCAACUGCUCUCGCUGUAUUCUGCCACGAGCUACCCCAUGAACUUGGAGACUUUGCGGUUCUCUUACGCUCUGGUAUGACCAUAAAGAGGGCGUUAUACUACAAUUUAUUGUCGUCUGUGCUCAGUUUUAUGGGAAUGGCGGGAGGCAUAUGGUUAGCUGAAGACCAUGAAUCUGCGUCACAGUGGAUAUACGCGGCAACAGCUGGGACAUUCUUUUAUAUUGCUUUAGCUGAUUUAGUCCCCGAAAUAAAUGAAAACAACCACGGCAAAACUAUGAAUUUACUUUUAGCUGUAGUAGGCAUUCUCGCAGGUGGUAUUAUAAUGUUACUCAUUGCUCUACACGAAGAUUCAAUACAAUACCUCUUUAGAAAUGCGGAACAAUGAACGUAAAUUCUAGUUAUGUUUUUCUAGAGUACGUUCGAUGUGAUAAAACUCAUGGUUGUUCAAAUUGCAUACAUAAUAUAGUGUUAAUGUAUAUAGUGCCCUUAGAGAUCCCUGCAUGACAAUUUUAAACUUAGAUAAUCAUACCUGUCUAUAUCAUAUAUGAAUGGAUAAUAAAUGGAUUAUCCAAUGGAUGGUCAUCGGAUAUUAUUGAUACCAUCGGAUCGAAUUGACAGCAAUAUUAGGGUUACACCCUAGCUAAAUAUUAAGUGCAUCAUAUGAAAAAAUACUCAUUGGAUAAAUUAUCAUAUAGUCAAUGAGAUAUUUUUUAAUAAUAACAUUCCAUAAUAUUAAACCGUAAUAACAAACAAAUAUAAUGUAUGUUACUAUGAUGUAAGUAACCGUAAUAGCUAUGUU